AUGUAUGGAUCAUGGGCAUCAACAAUAGAAGCCAAGGUCGUUAUCCUAGGCAGCCAAGGUGUUGGCAAGACCUCUCUCGUUGUUCGUUAUAUAUCAAAGACCUUUUCACCCAACUCAACAUCCACCAUUGGAGCCUCAUUCAUGACCAAGAAGCUUAACGUAGACAAUUGCAAAGUACGGUUACAGAUCUGGGAUACAGCUGGACAAGAACGUUUCCGGGCUAUGGCUCCAAUGUAUUAUCGAGGUGCACAGGCCGCUUUGUUGGUGUAUGAUAUCACAUCUCAAGAAAGUUUUGUUGAAUUACAUUCAUGGAUUGAAGAGCUCAAGAGAAAUAUGACUGACGAAUUGGUGAUCAUUGUGGUGGCAAACAAGUUGGAUCUUGCAUCACGUAGAGAAGUACCAGAAGAUCAGGCACGGGAAUAUGUCACGCGUGUACUUGGUCCUGAGACCCCGCUGUACGAAGUAUCGGCUAAGGAGGAUGAUGGAACCAUUGAAGAUAUCUUUUUGGACUUGACACGAGUGCUGGUGGAUCGCAAGCAAUAUAGUCUACCUGCCAAUAGGAACAGACAGCCUCCCAUCCAUGUCGAAGAUCCUCCUGCUCAAUCGUCUUCUUGCUGUGGAUUGUUUUAA